CAACGACUCAUCAGCAGAUCGUGAAAACGGAGUCGCUCCAGCUGAUAUCGUGUCAGCAUCCUACAUACACGUGCGCAUGCACGCACCCAUACUAAAGAAGGUGCGUUCGAUUCGUCGGCACACGUACGUACGUGCAGGCACCAACACAGGGGCGUGCACCCCACCACCCUCACCCGUAAGAGUGUAGCAGUGGACCAGCCGAUAAAAUGAAUGAGAAUGAUAAGUCAGUUAAGUGCGAGAACUCCGCCAAGGAGGAGGAGGACGAGAUGUUCGAGCGCGAGCUGGCCGAGGACGCGCAGUGGAAGCGAAUUCAACAGAACACUUUCACGAGAUGGGCAAACGAACGGCUGAAGGCGGCGAACAAGCACAUCGCCGACCUGGAAUGCGACCUGUCCGACGGUCUCCGGCUGGUGAGCCUCAUCGAAGUGCUCGCGCAGAAGCGACUGCCGAAACACAACCAGCGGCCCACCUUCCGUUCUCAGAAACUGGAGAAUGUGUCUGUCGCUCUUAAGUUCUUGGAGGACGAGGGCAUCAGGAUUGUCAAUAUCGACUCUACGGACAUCGUAGACUGUAAAUUGAAGUUGAUCCUCGGUCUAAUAUGGACUCUAAUCCUGCAUUAUUCAAUCUCUAUGCCAAUGUGGGAAGUUGACGAUGGCGAAGACAAAGGCGCUACUCCGAAACAAAGGUUGAUGCACUGGAUUCAGUCAAAAGUGCCAGAUUUGCCGAUUACCAACUUUACUUCUGAUUGGAAUGAUGGCCGCGCGGUGGGUGCGCUUGUUGAUGCGGUUGCACCUGGCCUUUGUCCAGAUUGGCAGGAUUGGAAUCCAAAAGAUGCGAUGCAAAACGCGUCCGAAGCGAUGGGUCUCGCUGAUGACUGGCUCAGUAUUCCUCAGCUCAUUAAACCCGAAGAAAUGGUGAAUCCAAAUAUUGAUGAAAUGUCGAUGAUGACAUACUUAUCGCAAUAUCCCAGCGCAAAGUUAAAACCAGGUGCACCUUUACGCGCUCGUACGAAUCCAAAUAGCAUCCCACCGCCGCGAGUACGCGCUUAUGGUCCCGGUAUAGAACCAACUGGUCCAAUUGUCGGCGCACCUGCCAAUUUUACUGUGGAAACCUUUUCCGCCGGCAAAGGUAAUGUUGAUGUCAUCGUUGAUGAUCCCAAAGGAAACAAGCUACCGGUUGAUAUCAGAUUCAACAAAGACAGGAACUUGACGUAUUCAGUGUCGUAUACUCCGAAAACGGAAGGUCCGCACAAAGUGAAGGUGCUUUUCGCUGGCAGGGAAAUCCCGAAGAGUCCAUACAUUGUUAAUGUAGAGGGACACGCUGGCGAUCCAAGCAAGGUCACAGCUAGCGGGCCGGGUCUACAACCAGAAGGAGUCGUUGUGAAUAGACCUACUUUCUUCGACAUCUUUACGAAGAACGCUGGUCGCGGCGUGCCAGAAGUUAUCAUCUUAGAUCCGCAGAGUAAUAAAACUACAGUGCCAGUGAAAUUACGCCAGACCUCGCCAGACGUCUGGCGAUGUGAGUACGUGUCCCCAAUAACGGGUCUACAUUCCGUCAAUAUUUUCUUCGCUGGCAAACCCAUACCUGGAAGUCCUGUUGGCGUAAACAUUGCACCAGUUUCUGACGCAAAGAAAUGCAGAGCGUAUGGACGAGGGUUGUUACCCACUGGCGUUCGUGUUCAAGAUAUCGCUGAUUUUGUCGUCCUCACUAAGGAUGCUGGUGAAGGUGUACCGGAUAUUCGUAUAAUCGGACCGGGAGGCGUCAAUCGACCAGUGCAAAUGACCAAAACCGAUGCUUCGACUUACAAAUGUCACUAUACGCCAGUUAAGGAAGGUCGUCACGUAGUAAUGAUCACAUAUGGCGGGAAAGAGAUUCCCAAAUCGCCUUUCGAAGUCAACGUAGGUCCUUACAAAGAAUCCAAUAUCAGAGCUUUUGGACCAGGUCUGCACACUGGCAUCGUUGGUCAACCAGCUAAAUUUACAGUAGAUACAAAUGAAGAGACCGGCGCCCUUGGUUUCUCCAUCGAAGGACCAUCUAAAGCAAAGAUAGAAUGCAACGAUAAUGGUGAUGGAACCGCCGAUGUAUCAUACUUGCCUACUGCACCAGGCCAGUACGCGGUCCAUAUCCUCUGCGAUAAUGAAGACAUCCCCAAAUCACCCUAUAUCGCGACUAUCUUUCCAAAGACUGAUUUCGAUCCAGACAAGGUUGAAGUUCAUGGACCAGGAAUUCAGCCAGAAGGUGUUGCAAGAGACAAACCAACGCACUUUACAGUGGAUACAAGAAAAGCUGGUCAGGCGCCUUUAGAAGUCAUCAUCCAAGAUGCUCUCGGAAGAGAAGUUCCGGUCAGAUUAGAUGACAAGCGGGAUGGCACUAUCCAGGCGCAUUAUAUACCUACAUCUAGUUCCCAACAUGUUGUGAUGGUGAAUUACGGUGGUGUAGCUACAAAAAAAUCUCCAUAUAGGGUUAAGAUACCUUCACCCUUAAACCCUGCUAUGGUUUCCGCUUUUGGUCCCGGUCUUGAGAAAGGUGUAAAAUCGAAUGUUCCUACACAUUUUAACGUCGACUGUCGCGAAGCUGGUCCCGGUAAACUUGAUGUUAAACUGCUGAAUCCCGAAGGCCGAGAACUUCCAAUUUCGUUAACGGACAACGAAAAUGGCACAUACGUCGUGGACUAUAUGCCUCCUCAACCAGGAAACUAUACAGUAAAUCUCAACUAUGGUGGUCUGAAAGUACCUCAAUGUCCUAUUAAAGUCAACGUUCAACCUCACAUCGACGUGUCUAAGGUUAAAGUGGACGGUCUGGAACCAACGGCUCCGGUGAACAGCCUGCAGCAGUUCCGCGUGAUAACGCAGGAGGCGGGCAGGGCGGCGGACUUCCAGGUGGCGAUCACAGCUCCGUCUGGCAAUCGCGUUAAGGCACAUGUAGUACCGACUCACGAAGGCUACCUAGUCAAUUUCACGCCCACCGAGCUGGGCGAGUAUCUGCUAAGCAUCAGCUUCGGCGGCGAGCCGAUCUCAAAUCAACCGUACCGGCUGACCUGCGUUUACGGCUCCGAUCCGGGGAAGGUGCGCGCCUCGGGACCUGGGCUCUCCCAUGGAGUGGUGAACAAACCGGCUGAAUUCGUGAUCGACACCCGUGGCGCCGGCCAAGGUGGCCUCGGCGUGACCGUCGAAGGCCCAUGCGAGGCCGCGAUAAAUUGCAGGGACAACGGCGAUGGCACGUGUUCUGUCGCCUAUCUGCCCACUGAAGCUGGCGACUACGGCAUCAAUAUCACUUUCAACGAGCAGCACGUGCCGGGCUCGCCAUUUCAGGCCAUCGUCGUACCGGACGCAGACCUCUCCAAGAUCAAAGUCAGCGGGAACGGCAUUCAGCCACACGGUUUAUUCGUGAAUAAACAAGCCACCUUUACGGUAGACACGAGAGAAAUCGCCAAAUCAAAGACCGACGAUGAUAAAGUGUCUUGCACUAUAAAUAAUCCCAGUGGUGGAAAAAUCGAAAAGCUCAUCAUUCCCCAGGGUGAUGGUACCUACCGCGUCAGCUACACGCCUUUCGAGGAAGGCUGCCACACUAUCGAUAUUCUCUAUGACAACGUGCCCAUCCCGGGUUCACCGUUCUCUGUGAAUGUGCAACGCGGCUCCGAUCCCAGCAAGUGUCGCGCCUAUGGUCCUGGUUUGGAGAAAGGCAUCGUGAAUAAGACAAAUCGCUUCACGGUAGAAACUAAAGAGGCCGGCAAUGGUGGUUUGGGUUUGUCGAUUACGGGCGACGGAGAAGUUAAGGCGGAAGCCAAGGACAACUACGAUGGUUCCUGCACUGUCGAGUACGUUCCCACGGAACCUGGUGACUACGAGAUCGGUAUCAAAUUCGCUGAACAAAAUAUACCCGGUUCACCGUUCAAGAUUGAAGUGAUAUCGGACUCGGAGGCAAAAAAUGUGAUAGCUUACGGACCCGGGCUGCAGCCUGAGGUGCGCGAGGGCAUGCCUGCCAAGUUUACAGUGGAUACGUCGAAGUGCGCCAAAGCGGCUCAGCUAGACGUAAGACUGUCGACCGACAAAGGACAAGCACAAAAGCCACAAAUUAAGAGCAAGGGCGAUGGUCUAUACGAAGUGACGUAUCAGCCACCACCUGCUGGAAGUAACGUGCACAUCGGUGUUACUUACGAUGGUGAAGACAUCAACAAUAGUCCGUAUAAAGUAAAAAUUCUGCCCACCGUAGAGCCCAGCAAGGUGACUUUAUCAGGUCCCGGAGUAGCACCCGUCUGCACUGCCUCCUUUACGACUGACUUCGUCGUAGACACUUCUAAUGCUGGAUAUGGCGAUCUUGAAGUACAAGUUGUGGGGCCAGACCAAGUGCCGCGUAGAGUAGAAGUGCAGGACCUCGGUGACGGAAAAUAUAAGGCGACCUAUCUGCCAGACGACUGUGGUCGCUACAAGGUCAACGUAAAAUAUGGCGGUAAGGAAGUGCCAGGCAGCCCAGUGAACGUGCAGAGCGUAUCUACCGGCAAGGCGGACCAGUGUAAGAUUAAAGAGGGCAUUCAGCACACAUUGGCUCAGGGCGAGGAAUACUGCAUCACUGUGGAUACCGAGAAUGCAGGCCGCGGUGCAGUGACCUGCCGCAUUCGCUCCACUUCCGGAAGUGAAGUCGUUGACAUUGACAUAGAAGACAACGGCGAUGGCACAGUUAACAUUUAUUACACUGUUGCCGAUGCGGGAGACUAUACCCUUAGCAUUAAGUUUGGCGGUCAACCAAUACCUGACGGAUUCUAUACCUUCACAGCAUCCGAGGAAUACCGGGAACAUAGCACGCACAAAACUCAACGGGCUCGCAAAACACGGCAGAGGCAAAAUCAACACAUUGUCGAGCAGCAUAGCACAACUCUACAGGAGAGCUCUACCGUCACCACAAAGCGUAGCAGCCAGCAGGAGCUAUCGAAAAAGAAUUUCAACGUUAUUCGAUUGAAUUCCAUCCCACUACCUAUCGCAAGCGGUGGCACAGUUACUUCUGAAGUAAAGAUGCCUAGCGGAAACAUAGACAAGCCGGUUAUCGAGGACAAUCAUGACGGUACGGUAUCCAUCAAGUACGAGCCGAGGGAAGAGGGCCUCCAUGAGAUUUAUGUGAAGUUCAACGGCGAACAUGUCCAAGGUUCACCCUUUAAAUUUCACGUCGAUUCCUUGGCGAGUGGAUAUGUAACGGCGUAUGGGCCAGGUUUGGUUUACGGUGUUUGUGGCGAACCUGGAAACUUCACUAUUUCAACGAAGGGCGCCGGCGCGGGUGGUCUCUCGCUGGCUGUCGAAGGGCCCAGUAAGGCUGAAAUAAGCUGUCACGACAACAAGGAUGGCACAGUGUCAGUGUCUUAUCUACCUACUGCUCCCGGAGAAUACAAGAUUACCGUUAAAUUUGGGGACAAGCAUAUUAAGGGCAGUCCUUUUGUCGCCAAAAUUACAGGCGAAGGCCGCAAAAGAAACCAGAUCUCCGUAGGUUCUUCCAGCGAGGUGCAACUGCCGGGCAAGGUAUCCGAUGCCGACAUCAAGUCUUUAAACGCGUCUAUUACGGCACCCAGCGGUCUGGAGGAACCAUGUUUUCUUAAGAAGAUGGCGGGAAGUGGUAACAUGUGCGUGUCGUUUACGCCGCGUGAAGCGGGCGAGCACACCGUGAGCGUAAAGAGGAUGGGCAAGCACAUACCGAAUUCACCCUUUAAGAUUGACGUGAAAGAUCGUGAGGUCGGUGACGCGAAGAAAGUCAAAGUCUCCGGACCCGGUUUGAAGGAGGGCAAGACCCAUGUAGAGAACAAUUUUUCAAUCGACACGAGAAACGCCGGCUUUGGUGGCCUCUCCCUCUCGAUGGAAGGUCCGAGCAAAGCCGAGAUCCAGUGCAAGGACAAUGAAGACGGCACUCUGAACAUCUCCUAUAAACCUACCGAACCCGGCUACUACAUUAUGAAUCUGAAGUUCGCGGACCAUCAUGUCGAGGGCUCGCCGUUUACCGUCAAGGUCAGCGGAGAGGGAAGCAACCGACAGAGGGAGAAGAUUCAGAGACAACGAGAAGCAGUGCCGAUCACCGAAGUCGGUAGCCAGUGCAAACUGACCUUCAAGAUGCCCGGUAUCACGUCCUUUGAUCUCGCCGCCACUGUCACGUCUCCUGGUGGCGUCACCGAGGAUGCUGAGAUCAAAGAGGCCGAGGAUGGCAUCUACGCGGUAGCAUUCGUGCCCAAAGAGUUAGGCGUGCACACGGUAUCCGUGCGUUACAAGUCCAUGCACAUCCCCGGCUCGCCUUUCCAAUUUACGGUUGGCCCGCUCAGAGACGGCGGUGCUCACAGGGUUCACGCAGGUGGACCUGGUUUGGAAAGGGGAGAGCAAGGUGAGCCGUGCGAGUUCAACAUCUGGACCAGGGAAGCGGGCGCGGGCACUCUCGCUGUCUCCGUCGAAGGGCCCAGCAAGGCGCAGAUAGACUUCAAGGAUCGCAAGGACGGAAGUUGUUACGUCAGUUAUGUCGUUAGUGAACCCGGCGAAUACAGGGUAGGAAUCAAAUUCAACGAUCAGCACAUCCCCGACUCGCCACAUAAGGUCUACAUCUCGCCAGCAAUGGGUGACGCGCACAAGCUCGAGGUUGCACAGUUUCCCGAGAGUGGUGUGCAGCCUGAUAAGCCGUGCACUUUCCUGGUGCGCAAAAACGGCGCCAAGGGUGAACUAGACGCGAAGAUUGUGUCGCCAAGCGGCAUUCAGGACGAUUGCUUUAUUCAAAGCAUCGAUGCGGACACAUACUCGGUGAGGUUCAUGCCGACAGAAAACGGAAUCCAUCAAAUCCACAUCAAAUUCAAUGGGGUGCACAUAACAGGCAGUCCGUAUCGCGUCAAAGUUGGUAAGGUGGAUGCCGACCCGGCAGCGUUGCAUGCCUAUGGUAAUGGUCUGAAGGAGAUUAAGACCGGUCAAAAGACCGACUUCAUCAUCGACACCUGCAACGCGGGCAGCGGAGCAUUAGGGGUAACUGUGGACGGACCCAGCAAAGUCGCUAUGGACUGCACCGAAGUUGAGGAAGGCUACAAGGUCAGAUACACACCUUUGGUGCCUGGCGAUUACUACAUUAGCAUCAAGUACAAUGGGUACCACAUCGUGGGCUCACCAUACAAGGUUCCUUGCACAGGCGCGGAUUUGGCGGAGAGAGGCGCGCAAGAGACGAGCUCAAUUGUCGUCGAGACCGUGCAAAAGAUAUCGAAAAGCAAGCACACCGGACCGGUAUUGCCAUUGUUCAAGUCUGACGCAAGCAAGGUGACGAGUAAAGGCAUGGGUCUCAAAAAGGCUUAUUUAGGAAAGCAAAAUCAAUUCACCGUGCACGCGGGGGAUGCUGGUAACAAUAUUCUCUUUGUGGGCGUGUACGGGCCCAAAGGUCCAUGCGAAGAAGUCUUCGUAAAACAUGCAGGCCGCAACAACUACAACGUGAGUUACCUGGUGCGUGAGCGAGGCGAGUACAUCGUGAUCGUCAAAUGGGGCGACGAUCACAUUCCUGGUUCGCCUUAUAAGGUUGAGGUUUAAGCUGAACCAGCAUUAAGACCAGAUACAACGGCAAUGCGAUGGUUAAUAACACAGAGUCCAUGCGUUUGUUGUAAACUGCAUGGAUUUACAAGCUCAUAUCUAACUCCGCCGAAUACAGAAACGAAUUAAGUGCCAAUCUAGAUUUUCAAAUAUAAACUUAACAUAAUGCGACAUUAAUGAUUGGCGAAAGAUAUAUAAAAAAAAUCGGCCUAUGUCUAAACGACACACGUUAUCUCAAUUUCUAGAAUAACAGUCAUAUACAGAAGACAACUGUGACGUUGACAUAAAGUCGCGAUGUGAUUUCUCGUCGACAAAAUUCGUUCGCUCAUUCUUUCGAUAUCCUAGGGACAGUUUUGACAUUUUCGAAUUGACGAUUUUUGUUAAAUCUGAAUAAAAUCAUGAUUAGAAGUGACGAAUUGAAACGAUGAUAUGGAGAAACAUGUAGGUCAAUUACUGUUGUUCGUUCAAAAAUACCAAUUGUGCCUUUGAUUCACUAUAAGUAUAUUAUAUAUAUUCGACAAAACACACACACACACUUAUACACGUACAUGCACACGCAGUACCACAUAGAAAGACACAUGCAAAGAUGCUGUUAUGUCCCACCCAAGAGUCAGAUCCUGAUUACAUUAUGUUAUAUAUUAUCUGUUAUUGAACAAGGAAAAUAUUCGGAACUGCCUUUCAUCAAUUUUGAUGAGUUAUAUUAUAAAACAAUUAAAGAUAAGACGCAUAUUUUUAUUUGUUUUGUACAUUUAAAAGUUAAACAAUUGUUCUGAAUAGACUAAUCUCGAUUUAAAUAAUAACGUCUUGGAAAAGGGUAAUAUACAUUUAAAAAAUGUAUGUUGAAAGAUUUAAUUACGUAGUUAAAAAUUAUGUAAAAUAUUUUUUUUAAAAGACUUUUUGUAUUGUACAAUUUUAAUCUAUAUUUAAAAUUAAAAUAUUACUUUGAUGUCUUUGAAGGAUUGUUUUAAUCCCUAAAUGUGGAGGAAACCAUAUAAAAAGAUGUAUGUCUCUUAAUUUUUUACUGUUCUAUAAUACAUUCAAAAUUUAUCAAAAUGGAUGAGGGACAGUUUCGACCGUUUCUUUGUGAACAUAGAUUAAAUAUAUUGCAAUUAUUAUAAUAAUAAUAUAGAAAUUAAAUAAAUAAUAUAUUUAUUACAUGGACUUUUCCGUUUACUGUCUUAUCCUUAAAGGCGAAAGCAUAUUUCUCAUCUACGAGACAAUAACCAUGCGAUGCGUGUUAUUUUUCUAAUGCUUAAUUAAAACAAAAAACAAAUAAGAUAGAUUUAGAAUUUUAGCAGAAACACAAAAAUUAGGAAAAUCAUGUAAUUAGAGUUAAUUUUUCAAAGUUUAUUCUCAAAGUUUAUUUUCGAAGAAAUUCUAUUUUACUUAGUUAUGCAAUAUAGUUAAUUAAAAAAUUGAAAAGCGCAAAUUGAUGGUUACAAGAGCUCACCUUUGUGAUGUAUGUACUGUUUAACUCGAUAUCACUAUUGAAAUUUACGAGAUACAAACGCAAAAUAAUUUUCACGACAAAAAAUAAUUAGAUAAGAACUAUGAUUCAAGUUAUCGUUGCCAAACAUCUUGUCUAUUUUACAUUUGAUGUAUAUUUAUUCUAUAAAUAAAUAUGUUUUACAUAA